AUGCGACUCCUCCCUAAGGGCUCCACCGGCGCGCUUCUACCAGUCCUUGCACUGGCCCCAGCUGCCGUGUCUCUUCUGCUUGUCUGCGCACUUGGUCUCCGUCUUUACAUGUCCCAUUACUUUAUAUCACCUGUUUUACGUGCUUCCAGCUGCGAUGCUAUCCUUUCUUCCGGCCGUUACCUUGAUGACCCCUCCUUUGCCCCAAAAGUUUGGCAACCCGAUGGUUGUGCCCUCCACCCAUACGACUCUCUCAGUGCAAGCUCAGAUGUCUUGGGUCCCUGCUUUAGUCCUGGUGACCAGCUCGUGUUUGUAGGCGACUCAUCCGCACGCGAUAUCUUUGCAAGCAUGCUGGUCAUGAUGGAUCCUGGGCACUAUCUUGAAGCCGACAAAGCCACCGUGAAAAAGACUUACACAGUUAAAGGUGUUAAUUUUAUCUACUAUGAAACCUUUUUCUACAACUCCUCUUUAAUAAUGGAUAAUCUUAGGGCCCUGGUUAGCAAUCCUUCUCCCAACCAGUCAAAAACUUACGUCGUGAUUGCCGGAGGAUGGCAUUUUGCCCAAAAAAUCCAAAACUCUACCCUGGCCGUCGAAUCCUAUGGGAAAAAUCUCCAGCGACUCUUUGACAUUGUGAGUGACCCAGCACCUGGUACAAUCGCUCGUACUUACUUUGUACCACCAACCCUACCACACUUUGCCCUACUCAAACAAGACGACCCUCUCAAUAACAAACAGCAAACUUACUCAGGAAUGCUCAAAUACAUGGACCGAGUCUUUGCCCAUGGUGCGAUCUUUGAUAGAAACAAAGCUACCGUGCUCUAUGCUCCUGUAUUUAACCAAAUUGGUGGUGCAAACCACCUGGGAUUAUACUCCCUCAACGGUACAGACUAUAGCGACCGUGGCCGUUUCCUCCAAGCAAAUAUCCUCUUCAACCAUAUGUGUAACCAACGUGUGCUUGUUGAAGCUAGUAAAAGCUCUGCCAUCAAUGCCACCCGCAUGGCUGGAACUUGCUGUGUCCACUAUGCUCCAAUCUCCGGCUCAGCUUGGAUAUGGCUGGCCAUCCUUCAGAUAAUUGGUCUAGGAGCUGUUCUUUUACUCUUUGUUCCAGCUACUAGACGUUCCGUUGGUGCUCCCUCGUUAUGGACUGUCCCACUUCUCACAGUGCUUGUAUCCACCUUAGCUGCCACAUAUGUCUUUUUCUCCGAACGCUCCCAAAUUUUUUCCAAACAGACUUUGUUUUAUGACCAAGAAAAGCUAUAUACCCUAGCCCAAAUAUCCAUCUUUGUUGGAAUCCUAUCUCUCAGACGCACAGAUACUCUAGGCUUUUCAAAUCUACAGCUUGGUGCUCCCCUCGUCCAUGAGCUUAAAGGUUUGUGUCUUACUGCCCUUAUCAUCAUCGAAACUUGCGGCUACGACCGUGUCCCAGAAUCCUUCACGGGAGAAUUGCUUGCCCGUGUCUUUUUCACCUGCUAUGCCGCCGCAGAAGUCUACUCAUAUACUGGAAAAUACACUGGCCUAGCAGCUGCACAGAUUCGUUACAAAAAUAGACCCCAAGGAUUUUGGUCUGCUCUCGUAGCUGCAACUCCUCUACGAUACCUCGUCAUGACUUUGCUCCAUCUGUUUCUACUACCUGCUCUUAUUGCAAUUGCCCUAGGAACCCCAGGUAAAGCCCCCUCUGCCUUUGAUGCUCUUGCACGCCUGGCCCCCAUCUCUGCUAAACUCCUCUUUUGGUCCUUAUUCGUGGCCCUCGCCGUUCCCGCAGUAUACGCAACAACUUCUGCUGUAGUCCGUGCAGGAGCUUCAUCUCAAGUUGCCAUCGCCACCCAGUUUGCCGUUCUUCUGGGUCUUGGUACCCUCGGGUUCAUCUUCAGACACAUUGUCGUUUCUGGAGCCCCCACAAAAGCCAGCACCGACUAUCCUCGUGCCAUGAUCUUGACUCUCGGGAAUAUUACCCAUCACCAGUACCAUUCGGUCCUUGAAGACUACUGGGUGCUGUUUGUAGCAGUUAUGGCAGCUUGGUCACCAGUUGCCCAAGACCUCACCCGUUCCGCAAACGGCCUUCCAACAACCCCUCCAGACUCGCCAAAAAAACCUUCCAGAGUCUCUCCGCCAGCAUGGUCUCUUGCCUUGGUGAUUUUCCCCCUAUUGGCUCUUGCAGACUACCUUGCAAUCGCCCUCCCCUUUAAACUCACGAAUUUGAAUUCUUCCACAUAUAUCAAAUCCUUUAGCGACUACUCAACAUCCUUUUAUGCGCGCCAUUUGACUUACAGAGGCGCCUCUUAUACCCCAACAGUACAUGCUACCUUAUGUCUGCUUGGCCUCGCGGUUUACGUGCUCCUGCGGCUCCGCAUCAUUGCCCUCGGCACGACCCGCCCGCCGCCAUACAUGCGUGUCUAUGUUAUGGUCUCGUCCGCAGCAUAUGAGCUGGCCGUUCUGCGCACCCAUGUCAUUGUGGUCACCGCAACAGGCGCCAGCGCACUGCUCAGCCUUAUCCCCACAGGAAGCCUAGCACCAAUCUCUGUCUUGGGCCCCAUAACUACCCCAGCCACCAUUAUGGACCGCGUGGGCGCCAUCCCAGGACUGGCCGCUAUACGCUUUGUAUCCUGGAUCAACAUCGUGCUGGUAUGGGGCGCUGCAUUUGCCUUAUCAAAGGCUUGUGCUGUUGGAUGGGACAUGUUGUUGCAGACAGAGUAUUACGGGACCCGUUCUGAGUCUGAAUAUAUUGAGCUGGAGGAGCUGAAAUCCAAUGAAGAGUAA